AUUCGUCAGGUAUGUGCCUGUCUGUCAGUCCGGAGAUGCGCACCCACCGGUACCGGUUGCAGGCGUGCAGACAGCAGCAGGACGCGGACUGAACCCUUUUUCUCACCGUUUAUUAAAGUCUUUCUGUGAUAUGUUUAAGAAGCGGAUUGAUCUUCUAACUGUGGGACUGAUUUGAACCGUGAAGAUGUUGACAGACAUGAUUGUGGAGCAAGAAUUUGAGAUCAAGGAGGAGGAACCGUGGUACGACAAGCAAGACCUUGAACAUGACCUACAGCUGGCAGCCGAGCUCGGGAAGAGUCUUCUGGAGCGAAACAGGGAGCUGGAGCAAGGCCUGCAGCAGAUGUACUCCACCAACCAGGAACAACUUCAGGAGAUUGAGUACCUGACGAAGCAGGUGGACCUCCUCAGACAGGUCAAUGACCAGCACGCCAAAGUGUACGAGCAGCUGGACGUGUCGGCCCGAGAGCUGGAGCACAGCAACCAAAAACUUGUUCUGGACAACCGGGCGGCGCAGCAUAGGAUCCAGGGGCUGACGGAGACGGUGGAGCUGCUGCAGACGCAGGUGGAGGAGCUGCAACAUCAGGUGGAGGAGCUGAAGCUGAGUCCUUCUCCACACAGAGAGAAGCGGUCGCCUCGCGGCACUCAGAGUGUUUCCUGCCUGAAAGAGCUGCAGAACUCACUCAGGGACGACUACGACGAACCCUCAGACGGCCUUGAGUCUUCCGACAUGUCGUGGCACGAGGAGGAGCAGGCCUCACUACGACAAUCGCUCCGCAGCCUCCAGACUCAGUUCGCCAGUGAGCGCGCUCGGAGGGAGGAGUUGGAGCGAGCGGCCGAGCUGCUCGCCCGUGAAAAUGCAGCGCUGGAGCAGCAGCUGGCGGGGAUGGAGGGCUGCCAGGCCAGAGCGGCUGAGCUGGAGCGUGAGGCCGAGGAGCUUCGUCAGCUCUGGAAAUCCAAUUCCUCCACGAGAUCCAUCAGACCGGACGUCCUCCACAGCCUGCUGCCCAACUCGGUGUUCCUCAACCCUGAGGAAGAGAACGAGGGAGAUGCAGCUGCAGAGAAAAGCCCCUGGGUCCGGAGGCGCUCGGACAGCGAGCGGCUGAUGAAGGCGACCCAGAUGCCCGACUCUCCCGACCGGAUCUAUGACCACGAGUGCUCCUGCGUACGCCGAGCCGAGGUGGUGAAGUAUCGCGGCAUCUCGCUGCUCAACGAGGUCGACGCUCAGUACAGUGCCUUGCAGGUGAAGUACGACGAGCUGCUGCGGCGCUGCCACCUGGGGCUGCAAGAGGAGGAGCAGGAUGGGCUCACUCACAAGUCGGUCCAGACUGCCUCUAUGGCUGCCACUUGUCCUGCUCUGACAGACAUGGAGGACUUUGAGGAUGACUUUCACCAGCCGGAGUACAAAGAACUGUUUAGGGAAGUCUUUUCCCGCAUUCAGAAAACCAAAGAGGACCUGAUCGAAAACCGAGGGAGACUCUCAGCUGGUGAAGUGCUGCCUAUUUUGCAUUAGUAGCUUCUCAAAAAAAGAAACUGCUGUGAGAGGAAUUAUUGUCUUCCAGUUAAAGAGCAAGUCUUUGGAAAGACAUCACAUGAAGCUAACUAACUCUAUACUUUACAUGUAUGUUGUUUUUGCCCAGAAAUGGUGAUCGCCAUGCAAAGGGGUUAAGAGAUGAGAACAAUGCAGGAACAAGAAGCACCAGCUCAUGUCUCAGAUGUGGCUCAUGUUUGCACAGAAACACCAGUGCCUAACGCCGCCGUCUCUACUGUGCACUCACUCUACCUCACAUUGCACAAACAAGCUCCUGAGGAAAUCAUUUCUGGGUCUCCUUUUCAUAAGCUGCAUCAGUAACACUUUAUUCUACAGGACCCAUAGUUUCCUGUAGUUCACUAAAAGAAGGUAAAUUUACAGUUCCUGGUAAAGAUGUAAUUUGGUGCAUGCAGUGAGAAAAUGGAGAUCGUCCAAUUAGUAAACUCCCAAAUAAUAUAUUUUGGUUACACUUUAUUUGAAGGUAUCUACAUAAGAGUGCAUGACAAUAUAAUGAACGUGUCAUAAAACAUUAUAAAAACGUUCAUGACAUAAGGCUUAUUUUAGUAGGUGUCAUUUGGUUUUGUCAGGGCGAGUUCUGGUUAGGGUUCAUGUGUCACGACUCUCAUGUGUUCACGAGUGUCAUGUCACUCUAAUGUAGAAAACUUCAAUUAAGAUGUUACCUAAAUUUCAUUUAAUCGCUGGCGAAAUCGUGAAUAGUUUCCAAUUAAAGUCCUCUGGAAGUCAUACUGAUAAGGGCUGAAACCUUUCCAUUACUCAUUAUCCCGUCUCUUUUCUUUUAAAUUGAUCGUUAUUCUAUAAAAUGUCAGGACAGAAAUAAAGCCCAGCGUCAGUCCAAAUCCCAAACAAGCAUUUACAACAUAUUUACUAUUCAGUACUAAGAAAAAAAAAAGCAAAUAUUCACAUUUUGAGUCGUUGCAUAUCUGCGAUAGGAGGGUCUUAAAUGAUUAAUUGAUUAUCAAAAUUUUCGCUGAUUUACUUUGUCGAUCAGCCCGUCACCUGAUGAACCAACUGUUUCAGCUCGUAACAUUGUCACCUCUUCAAAGGUUAUCAGGAAAUUACAGAUCCAUAAAAUAAAAUGUUAUUCCUGUAUCUUCUUUUUGAUUUGUUAGCUGAACUUAUUUAUUUUUUUGUCUGCAACUAUGUAAAAGCAAAACAACAAAAGUGCUUUUCCUUGGUGAGUUUUGCCUGCGCCUAUAAGAGCGACCAAUGCAAGUUGUUCUAUUGGUGAAGGAGUUUAUGUCAUUAGAAGUUUAAGAUUCAAGGUGCUCAAAUAGAUGUAGGAUAUUUUUUUGUAAUUGUAACAUUUCUCAAAAAUGAUACUUGAUUAUUGUACGAUUAGGUUAGAUGACUGUGGGUGAAUGUUAUGUUAAAGGGAAAAAUUGUUUACCAAAAGAUGAACUGUAUGUACUUGAUAAUGUAGCGGCCUCCUGGUAUAUAAUGUAUGUUUGAUUAGAAGUUUUUUCUCAGCAGCGCUUCUGUUGCUUUUUGCUGCCUGACGUUUGCGUGUCCUUGUUCAGCUUAAGACAGUUUGUCUGUAAAAUCCCAUUGAGGUGCACUUUAGAAAUCGCACAUUAUUGAUACUCUUUUGACACUUUACAUGACUGUCAUGUGUAGUCACAAACGAGUGUCAUGAAUAAUGUGCAGCAUGUACGAUGUGUUUUCACCUGUUUCAUGAUUGGACCUCGUGGUUUAUGUCUGAGCCAUAAAACAUGAAGCAAGCCAA